AUGCUGGACGAUGUUGAGAAAUUCAUCUUCCGCCCAUACUGUGUUUUAUCGGAGGGAUUCAGCAAUACACCUUUUUAUGCAGAUUCUGUUGUCUUGGUCGAGGCCCUAGCCACGUCAGCACAAGGUUGCCCACUGCGUAGGGAGGCAUUACUAAGCGUUGCAUGUCUUCCUUUGCCCACGUUUGGUGAUGAUCACUCAGAGGUUCCUGUGCGUUAUUCUCCUUAUCGGGUUAGACGACAGCUCGGAUUUGACCAGGGAGUGCCUUCUUGUCCUAGCUAUGGAGAUUCUCUGGCAUUACACAAGAUUUUCUAG